CUCAGAAGCACGGUCAGAGAGAGGCCCGUGCGCAGCCCUGGGCGGACGCACCGCUGUUUGGGGGUCCUCAGAGCGCGGCGUAGGAGUCGCUUCAUCAUGAGAAAUCUAAAGUUAUUUCGGAGCUUGGAGUUCAGGGAUAUUCAGGCUCCAGGGAAACCUCAGUGCUUCUCUCUCCGAACUGAACAGGACACAGUGCUCAUUGGCUCAGAACAUGGACUGAUAGAAGUAGACCCUGUCACAAGAGAGGUGAAAAAUGAAAUUCCUCUGGUGGCAGAAGGCUUUCUCCCAGAGGAUGGAAGUGGCUGCAUUGUUGGUAUUCAGGAGUUGCUGGAUCAUGAGUCUGUGUGUGUGGCCACAGCUUCUGGAGAUGUCCUACUUUGCAAUCUCAACACACACCAGCUGGAAUGUGUCGGGAGCGUAGCCAGUGGUAUCUCUGUCAUAAGUUGGAGUCCUGACCAAGAGCUGGUGCUUCUUGCCACGGGUCAACAGACCCUAAUUAUGAUGACAAAAGAGUUUGAACCAAUCAUGGAACAGCAAAUCCACCAGGAUGAUUUUGGUGAAAGCAAGUUCAUCACUGUUGGCUGGGGCAGGAAGGAGACGCAGUUCCAUGGGUCAGAAGGCAGGCAAGCCGCCUUUCAGAUGCAAAUGCACGAGUCUGCUUUGCCCUGGGAUGACCAUAGACCACAAGUUACCUGGCGUGGUGAUGGACAGUUUUUUGCUGUGAGUGUUGUUUGCCCAGAGACAGGGGCUCGAAAGGUCAGAGUGUGGAGCCGGGAGUUUGCUUUACAGUCAACCAGUGAGCCUGUGGCAGGACUAGGACCUGCUCUGGCUUGGAAGCCCUCAGGCAGUUUGAUUGCAUCUACGCAAGAUAAACCCAAUCAGCAGGAUGUUGUGUUGUUUGAGAAAAAUGGACUUCUCCAUGGACAUUUUACACUUCCUUUCCUCAAAGAUGAGGUUAAGGUUAAUGACCUUCUCUGGAAUGCAGAUUCCACUGUGCUUGCAGUUUGGCUGGAAGACCUUCAGAGGGAAGAAAAUUCCACUCUAAAAACCUAUGUUCAGCUCUGGACUGUUGGAAACUAUCACUGGUAUCUCAAGCAAAGCCUGCCCUUCAGCACCUGUGGGAAGAGCAAGAUUGUGUCUCUGAUGUGGGACCCGGUGAACCCAUACCGGCUGCAUGUUCUCUGUCAAGGCUGGCAUUACCUCUGCUAUGACUGGCACUGGACAACUGACCGGAGCUCAGGAGAGAAUUUAAGUGACAUGGCAAAUGUGGCUGUUGUUGAUGGAAACAGGGUAUUGGUGACAGUCUUUCGGCAGAGUGUGGUUCCACCUCCCAUGUGCACCUACCGACUGCUGCUCCCACACCCUGUAAAUCAAGUCAUGUUCUCGGCACACCCUAAAAAGAGCAAUGACCUCGCUGUCCUAGAUGCCAGUAACCAGAUUUCUGUUUAUAAAUGUGGUGAUAGUCCAAGCGUAGACUCUACAGUGAAACUGGGAGCUGUGGGUGGAAAUGGAUUUAAAAUUUCUCUUAGAACACCUCAUCUGGACAAGAGCUACAAAAUUCAGUUGGAGAACAGUGAAGAUGAAGAAGUAAACCCACUGAAGCUCGGCCUUCUCACCUGGGUUCAGGAAGACGUUUUCCUGGCUGUGAGCCACAACAGUCAGUCCAGCCCACAGUCUGUCAUUCACCAUCUGACUGUGGCCCCUUCUGGGACAGACGACGAGCAGGGACAGCUCAACAUUAGUUCAUCUGUGACAGUGGAUGGGGUCAUAAUCAGUCUGUGUUGCAACUCCAAGACCAAGUCAGUAGCACUGCAGGUGGCUGGUGGUCAGAUACUUAAGUACCUUUGGGAAUCACCCUCUCUGGCUAUUGAACCAUGGAAGAACCCUGGUGGAUUUCCUGUUCGAUUUCCUUAUCCGUGCACACAGACGGAACUGGCCAUGGUUGGAGGAGAGGAAUGUGUCCUUGGUCUGACUGAUAGAUGUCGCUUUUUCAUCAAUGACACGGAGGUUGCUUCAAAUAUCACAUCCUUUGCAGUAUAUGAUGAGUUUUUAUUGUUGACGACUCAUUCCCAUACUUGCCAGUGUUUUUGCCUGAGAGAUGUGUCAUUGAAAACAUUACAGGCAGGUCUGAGCAGCAGCCCUGUGUCUAAUGGGGAAUCUCUGCGGAAGGUGGAGCGGGGUUCACGCAUUGUCACUGUUGUGCCCCAGGACACAAAGCUUAUAUUACAGAUGCCAAGGGGAAACUUAGAAGUUGUUCAUCAUCGAGCCCUGGUUUUAGCUCAAAUUCGGAAGUGGUUGGACAAACUAAUGUUUAAAGAAGCAUUUGAAUGCAUGAGAAAACUGAGAAUUAAUCUCAAUCUGAUUCAUGAUCAUAACCCUAAGGUGUUUCUUGAAAAUGUGGAAACCUUCGUAAGACAGAUAGAUUCUGUAAAUCAUAUUAAUUUGUUUUUCACAGAAUUGAAGGAAGAAGAUGUUACAAAAACCAUGUACCCUCCACCAGUUACCAGCACUGUCCAGCUGUCCAGUGAUCCUGAUGGGAAAAAAGUAGACCUUGUCUGUGAUGCUAUGAGAGCAGCCAUGGAGAACAUAAAUCCUCACAAGUACUGCCUAUCAAUACUCACCUCUCAUGUGAAAAAAACAACCCCAGAACUGGAAAUUGUGCUGCAGAAGGUACACGAGCUUCAAGGAAGUGCUGCACCUGUUCCUGAUGCUGUGAGUGCUGAAGAGGCCCUGAAGUAUUUGCUGCUUCUUGUCGAUGUUAAUGAAUUAUAUGAUCAUUCUCUUGGGACCUAUAACUUUGAUUUGGUCCUCAUGGUAGCUGAGAAGUCACAGAAGGAUCCCAAAGAAUACCUUCCAUUUCUAAAUACACUUAAGAAAAUGGAAACGAAUUAUCAGCGGUUCACUAUAGACAAAUAUUUGAAACGGUAUGAAAAAGCCAUCGGCCACCUCAGCAAAUGUGGACCGGAGUACUUCCCAGAAUGCUUAAACUUAAUAAAAGAUAAAAACUUGUAUAACGAAGCUCUGAAGUUAUAUCCACCAAACUCGCAGCAGUACCAGGACAUCAGCAUUGCUUACGGGGAACACCUGCUGCAGGAGCACCUCUGUGAGCCAGCAGGGCUCGUGUUUGCCCGCUGUGGGGCCCACGAGAAAGCUCUCAGCGCCUUUCUGGCUUGUGGCAGUUGGCAGCAAGCUCUCUGUGUGGCAGCCCAGCUUCACUUGACCAAAGACCAGCUGGCUGGCCUGGGCAGAACUCUGGCAGGAAAGCUAGCUGAGCAGAGGAAGCACAGCGACGCAGCCACAGUUUUGGAACAGUACGCCCAGGAUUAUGAAGAAGCUGUGCUCUUGCUGUUAGAAGGAGCUGCCUGGGAAGAAGCUCUGAGACUGGUACAUAAAUAUAACAGACCAGAUAUUAUAGAAACCAACGUAAAGCCUUCCAUUUUAGAAGCCCAGAAAAAUUAUAUGGCAUUUCUGGACUCUCAGACAGCUACAUUCAGUCGCCAUAAAGCACGUCUAUUGGUGGUGCGAGAGCUCAAGGAGCAAGCACAGCAGGUGCAUCUGGAUGAUGAGGCACCCCACGGUCAAGAGUCAGAUCUCUUCUCUGAAACUAGCAGUGUCAUGAGUGGCAGUGACAUGAGUGGCAAAUAUUCCCACAGUAACUCCAGAAUAUCAGCGAGAUCAUCUAAGAAUCGGCGCAAAGCAGAACGGAAGAAGCACAGCCUCAAGGAAGGGAGUCCACUGGAGGAUCUGGCCCUUUUGGAGGCAUUGAGUGAAGUGGUGCAGGGCACUGAAAAAUUGAAAGAUGAAAUAUACCAUAUUUUAAAGAUACUCUUUCUCUUUGAGUUUGAUGAGCAAGGAAGGGAAUUACAGAAGGCCUUUGAAGAUACUCUGCAGCUAAUGGAAAGGUCACUUCCAGAAAUUUGGACUCUCACCCCCCAGCAGAGUUCAGCUACACCUGUUCUAGGUCCCAGUUCUACUGCAAAUAGUAUCAUGGCCUCUUAUCAACAAGAAAAGACUUCAGUUCCUGUUCUUGAUGCUGAGCUUUUUAUACCACCAAAGAUCAACAAAAGAACCCAGUGGAAACUGAGCCUUCUAGAGUGACUCUGACCCCAGUUAG